AUGUUCGCUCUCCGCCUUUGCCAGGGCGCGGUUUCCCAGCGUGCUGUUGGAAGAACACUUUACGUAUCUUCCAGGGCGUUGAACACGCAUCAAACGAGCACUCCUGCGGAGACUCGUGAGAAGCAGCGUUCUGAGGUUACGACCGCCCCCGAGAGAGAUGUUGUGACCGCCGACAUCAUUAGCGGUGCGCCAGGCGAGCUUCGUCAUCGUGCUGUGAGGAUCUUCCAGCCUACGCGUAGCACGACCCAAAGUGGAUCGGGGAAAUCGCACCGUUGGCGUAUUGAUUGGGAUGUCCUGCAAGGAGCUGGCAGGUGGGAGAAUCCCUUGAUGGGCUGGGCCAGUUCGGCGGACUACAUGCAAGGCACUCGCAUUUCUUUCAGGUCCAAAGAGGAUGCUAUCCACUUCGCGGAGAAGCAAGGUUGGGAUUACUACGUGCAACAACCCGAAGUUAAGAGGAUCCCCCCGAAGAACUACGCUGAGAAUUACCUCUACAGACCGAACAAAUUGCGUAUCAUGCGAACCAAGUAG